AUGUCAUCAGAUGCUGAGAUGGCCAUCUUUGGGCAGGCAGCCCCUUACCUCCGAAAGUCAGAAAAGGAGAGAAUUGAGGCCCAGAACAAGCCUUUCGAUGCCAAGACAUCCGUCUUUGUGGUGCAUCCUAAGGAAUCCUUUGUGAAAGGAACAAUCCAGAGCAAAGAAUCAGGGAAGGUCACCGUCAAGACUGAAGGUGGAGAGACUCUGACCGUGAAGGAUGAUCAGAUCUUCUCCAUGAACCCUCCCAAGUACGAUAAAAUCGAGGACAUGGCCAUGAUGACCCACCUCCACGAACCCGCUGUGCUGUACAACCUCAAAGAGCGUUACGCAGCCUGGAUGAUCUAUACCUACUCGGGUCUCUUCUGCGUCACUGGGGCCUGUCUGCGUCUCGUCAACCCCUCCAAGUGGCUGCCGGUGUACAACCCGGAGGUGGUGUUGGCCUACCGAGGCAAGAAGCGCCAGGAGGCCCCUCCACACAUCUUCUCCAUCUCUGACAACGCCUAUCAGUUCAUGUUAAAUGGUGAGUAGCUUGAUAUCCCUUCAAAUGAUAUUGUCGGAGAAUCCGGUGCAGGGAAGACUGUGAACACAAAGCGUGUCAUCCAGUACUUUGCAACAAUUGCAGCCAGCGGGGACAAGAAGAAGGAAGAGCAGCAGCCGUCUGGCAAAAUGCAGGGAACGCUUGAGGAUCAAAUCAUCAGCGCCAACCCACUGCUGGAGGCCUUUGGAAAUGCCAAGACCGUGAGGAAUGACAACUCCUCACGCUUUGGCAAAUUCAUUCGAAUCCACUUUGGGGCCACAGGCAAACUGGCUUCUGCUGACAUUGAAACUUAUCUGCUGGAGAAGUCCAGGGUCACUUUCCAGCUCAAGGCAGAAAGAAGCUACCACAUAUUCUAUCAGAUCAUGUCCAACAAGAAGCCAGAGCUAAUCGACAUGCUCCUCAUUACCACCAACCCAUACGACUACCAAUUUGUCAGUCAAGGUGAGAUCACGGUUCCCAGCAUUAACGACCAGGAAGAGCUGAUGGCCACGGACAGUGCCAUUGACAUCCUGGGCUUCACUGCUGAUGAGAAGACAGCCAUCUACAAGCUGACGGGGGCUGUCAUGCACUACGGCAACCUGAAGUUCAAGCAGAAGCAGCGUGAGGAGCAGGCAGAGCCAGACGGCACAGAAGUGGCUGACAAGGCUGCCUACCUGAUGGGUCUGAACUCAGCUGACCUGCUCAAGGCCCUCUGCUACCCCCGAGUCAAAGUUGGGAAUGAAUAUGUGACCAAGGGUCAAACCGUGCAGCAGGUGAACAAUUCAGUGGGUGCCCUGGCAAAGGCUGUCUAUGAGAAGAUGUUCUUGUGGAUGGUUGUUCGCAUCAACCAACAGCUGGAUACCAAGCAGCCCAGACAGUACUUCAUUGGUGUCCUGGACAUUGCUGGCUUUGAGAUCUUUGAUUUCAACAGCCUGGAGCAGCUGUGCAUCAACUUCACCAAUGAGAAACUGCAACAGUUCUUCAACCACCACAUGUUCGUGCUGGAGCAGGAGGAGUACAAGAAGGAAGGAAUCGAAUGGACAUUCAUUGACUUUGGGAUGGACCUGGCUGCCUGCAUUGAGCUCAUUGAGAAGCCCAUGGGCAUCUUCUCCAUCCUGGAAGAGGAGUGCAUGUUCCCCAAGGCAACUGACACCUCUUUCAAGAACAAGCUCUAUGACCAGCAUCUGGGCAAGUCCAACAACUUCCAGAAGCCUAAACCUGGCAAAGGCAAGGCUGAGGCCCACUUCUCCCUGGUGCACUAUGCUGGCACGGUGGACUACAACAUCUCUGGCUGGCUUGAGAAGAACAAGGACCCCCUGAACGAAACUGUCAUUGGCUUAUACCAAAAAUCAUCUGUCAAGACAUUGGCAUUACUUUUUGCCUCUGCUGGUGGAGAAGCAGAGGCUAGUGGUGGUGGUGGCAAGAAGGGUGGCAAGAAGAAGGGUUCUUCUUUCCAGACUGUCUCAGCUCUUUUCCGGGAGAACCUAAACAAGCUGAUGACCAAUCUACGGAGCACCCACCCCCAUUUUGUCCGUUGCAUCAUCCCAAAUGAAACAAAAACACCUGGCGCCAUGGAGCAUGAACUGGUGCUGCACCAGCUGCGGUGCAACGGUGUGCUGGAAGGCAUCAGAAUUUGCAGGAAAGGUUUUCCCAGCAGAGUCCUCUAUGCUGACUUCAAACAGAGAUACAAGGUGCUUAAUGCCAGUGCUAUCCCAGAGGGACAGUUCAUCGAUAGCAAGAAGGCUUCCGAGAAGCUUCUUGGGUCAAUCGAUGUGGACCACACCCAGUACAAAUUUGGGCACACCAAGGUGUUCUUCAAAGCUGGGCUGUUAGGACUCCUGGAGGAGAUGAGGGAUGAGAAGCUGGCACAGCUCAUCACCCGCACACAGGCCAGGUGCAGGGGCUUCCUGAUGAGAGUGGAGUACCAGAGAAUGGUGGAGAGGAGAGAAUCCAUCUUCUGUAUCCAGUACAACAUUCGUGCAUUCAUGAAUGUGAAGCACUGGCCCUGGAUGAAGCUGUUCUUCAAGAUCAAGCCCUUGCUGAAGAGUGCAGAAUCUGAGAAGGAGAUGGCCAACAUGAAGGAAGAGUUUGAGAAAACCAAGGAAGAGCUUGCAAAGUCUGAGGCAAAGAGGAAGGAGUUGGAGGAGAAAAUGGUUUCCUUGCUGCAGGAAAAAAAUGAUCUGCAACUGCAAGUGCAGGCUGAAGCAGAUAGCUUGGCUGAUGCUGAGGAAAGGUGUGACCAGCUCAUCAAAACCAAAAUCCAACUGGAAGCCAAAAUUAAGGAGGUGACUGAAAGGGCUGAGGAUGAGGAGGAAAUUAAUGCUGAGCUGACAGCCAAGAAGAGGAAACUGGAGGAUGAAUGUUCAGAGCUGAAGAAAGAUAUCGAUGACCUUGAGUUAACAUUGGCCAAAGUGGAGAAGGAAAAGCAUGCCACGGAAAACAAGGUGAAAAACCUCACAGAGGAGAUGGCAGGACUGGACGAGACCAUUGCCAAGUUGACAAAAGAGAAGAAAGCCCUCCAAGAGGCCCAUCAGCAGACACUGGAUGACCUGCAGGCAGAAGAGGACAAAGUCAAUACUCUGACCAAAGCUAAGACCAAGCUGGAGCAGCAAGUGGACGAUCUGGAAGGGGAGGUUGAUGCUGAGCAGAAGCGCAGCGCUGAAGCCGUGAAGGGUGUGCGCAAGUAUGAGAGGAGGGUGAAGGAGCUGACCUACCAGUCUGAGGAAGACCGGAAGAAUAUUCUCAGGCUGCAGGAUCUGGUGGACAAGCUGCAAAUGAAGGUGAAAUCCUACAAGAGACAAGCUGAGGAGGCUGAGGAGCUGUCCAAUGUCAACCUCUCCAAGUUCCGCAAGAUCCAGCACGAGCUGGAGGAAGCUGAGGAGCGGGCUGACAUUGCAGAGUCGCAGGUCAACAAGCUCCGAGUGAAGAGCCGGGAGUUUCACAGCAAGAAGAUAGGAGAGGAAGAGUGA